UUGGGAUUACCAAAAUUGUAGGGAAAUUAUUCAUUUUUUUGCUUUCGUUCUAAUCUAACUUUUCCCCCAUUUUAACCCACAGCCAAGUCAAGGUUCGUUUGUUUUCUAAAGGGCAGAAAAUAAAUCUAGUUCACAUCGACUUGGAAUCUUCCUCAAGGGGGACACAGAACUGUCAGAAGGAAGUGAGUGGUCCAGAGAGAAAAAAGAUCAAAUGUUAAUUACUGUUUAAUAUGACGCUGAAAAAGGUCUGCUGUGUGGGUGCGGGGUAUGUAGGAGGGCCAACUUGUACAGUCAUUGCCAGUAAAUGCCCGCAACUGACCGUUACUGUGGUGGACUUAAGUGAGACACGGAUAGCCCAGUGGAAUUCAGACAACCUGCCAAUAUUUGAGCCUGGCCUAUAUGAUCUAGUAAAGGAAUGCCGUGGCCGUAACCUGUUUUUCUCUACCAAUGUAAAGGAGGCUAUCGUAGAAGCUGACCUUAUCUUCAUCUGUGUCAACACCCCAACAAAACACUUCGGAAAGGGCAAGGGUCGAGCGGCAGACUUGAAGUAUAUAGAGUCAGCAGCACGAAUGAUUGCAGAAGUAUCACAGAAUUCCAAAAUUGUGGUGGAGAAGAGCACCGUCCCCGUGAAGGCAGCUGAAAGUAUCACAAACAUUAUGAAGGCAAACAUCAAACCUGGAGUACAAUAUCAGGUUUUGUCCAAUCCAGAGUUCUUGGCAGAGGGGACAGCUGUCAAUGAUUUAGUGUUUCCUGACCGAGUUCUGAUUGGUGGAGACCCGUCCCCAUUAGGACAAGAAGCUAUUCAAUCCCUUCGCUGGAUCUAUGAACACUGGGUCCCAAAGGACAAGAUCAUCACCAUGAACACCUGGUCCUCGGAACUCUCCAAACUUGCGGCCAAUGCAUUCCUCGCUCAAAGAAUCUCAAGUAUCAAUGCCAUGUCAGCCAUCUGUGAAAUGACAGGAGCCGAUGUGUCGGAGGUGGCGAACGCUGUAGGGAGGGACACAAGGAUAGGCAACAAAUUCCUCAAAGCCAGUGUUGGCUUUGGUGGUUUUUCAGGCUUUGGUGGUAGCUGUUUCCAAAAGGAUGUCCUCAAUCUAGUCUACCUGUGUGAAUGUCUCAACCUACCCGAGGUCGCCGAGUACUGGCAACAGGUGAUUAACAUCAAUGACUACCAGCGAAGACGAUUUGCCAAUAAGAUAAUUGAGAGCUUAUUUAACACUGUCACCAACAAGAAGAUUGCAAUCUUUGGUUUCGCCUUCAAGAAGGACACAGGCGAUACAAGAGAAUCUGCAGCCAUAUACAUCAGUAAGUACUUGAUGGAGGAGGGGGCGUGUCUCAGGAUCUACGACCCCAAGGUAGAGGAAGCACAGUUAAUGAGCGAGUUGACUCAGCCUGCCAUUAUGGAUGAACCAGAGAAUGUGAAGGAACUGGUGACUAUCUGUAAGGACCCUUACCAGGCUGCACAGAAUGCUCACGCUGUCGUUAUCUGUACGGAGUGGGAUGAGUUUAUUGAAUUAGAUUACAAGAGGAUAUACCAGAGUAUGCUGAAGCCGGCUUUCCUGUUUGAUGGCCGUCUGAUCCUGAAGCACCAGGAACUCCUAGAUAUUGGAUUUCAUGUUGUUACUAUAGGCAAGAAACUUCAGCGGUCAAAUGUACACAGACCUAUAGCUGCCAGCUUACAGUAGCAUGGAGAUGCCAUCAUACACUACAAGAAGGGACCGACAAACGCUGAUUAAGGAUCGUAUUCUCGUCACACAGUAGCGGGAUCAAAAGUCAACUUCCCCAACAAAUACUAAUAUUAUGUUUUAGUGUAAAGAUUCCGUAAAUUAAGAUUUUAAAGUUACAUUUUAACAUAGUUUUAAUGCUUUUACUGUCAAUUGUGUUCUUGGUUAAUAGUUUUAAUGCUUUUACUGUCAAUUGUGUUCUUGGUUAAUAAUCAUCAGCUUUUACGUAGUUGUUGCAAAGGUAACUUCUUAUCUUCUUAGCUUUGUUUUUUGAAGCAUUUUAUAUUUAUACUCGGUGCUUAGAUCAGAGAUUUUGUUCGCAUAAUAAUAUAUUUGUUGUAUCUUCCUUCUGGAUAAUGUGAUUGUGAAAUCAUUCUUUUUUAAAGAUGUUCCAGUAUUAUCUAGAAAUAAUUUUGAAACCAAAUAAAUCUUGAAUGUCCAUUUAGUUGGAUCUAGAUGGUUGACUUGAGCCCAGGUUGUUAAGUUAGAACUGUAGAUGGUUGACUUCAGCCCAGGUUGUUUAGUUAGAACUGUAGAUAAUUAACUUACACCCAGGUUGUUUAGUUAGAACUGUAGAUAAUUAACUUACACCCAGGUUGUUAGAACACCAGUGAUGAUAAUUUUAUCAAAUUUUAUUAUGUAACAUGUCCGGCACUUCAAAACAGACUAUUGAGUGAAAACUUAUUAACAUUGAUUCAUAUCGUCAGGAAUACCGGUCCCUAAUUACUUUUACAUUGUUCCAUUGAAACAUAUUACCUGGAAGGGCUCUAAGUUGGCCCUUGGCAUUCAGUAGUCGAAUCUAAAAGGUGGAACAUCAAUUUUUAAUUCAAUAAUCUGAAGUUGUUUGGCAUUGACACUAUACUGUGAUGUACAUACUUGUUUAGCAAUCAAGAUUGUUUUUUUUUUAUAUGUCCUGCUUUUGUAUUAAUGUUUUAAUAUUGUGAACAUGUUAUUGUACAAACGGUCAUAUAUACUAUUUUUAUCAGCAUAUUUGUCAUCAUGUUUAUUUACUUUUAACAAUAUUGUAUUUAGUUGAUACAUCACUAAUUGGAUGUGGCCCAUUAAUAACUUUGAGGAUUAGAUCAUUCUGGUCCGUCAUUCACUGUUCUACAGAUUCUAACUGACUUUACUGCUUUGCUUCAUGCUGAUUAGAACUGCCUUGUCAACCAAGCUCCUUGUGAAGUACGUUUGUGUAUUUAAGGAUGAUUUUUCUCUUUAUGAUCCCUCUGCAUUAUACUUGUAUGUUGUUUUCCUCUUAUUGCAUCUUUGAUCUAACUUGUACAAUUUCUUUGCUAUCACAAAGAAUAAGGAGGUUUUCCAACAACGAAGUCACCCUAAAUAUGGAAAAAUUAAUUCUAGAAAUUCAUUUGUCUAUUCAUUUUUCUAGGAAAAGAUUAUAUACAUAGGUAAUAGAUAUUACGAUGGAUCUGUUUUAUAUGUAAUAGAAAAACAUCUAAUAUUUUGUUUUUCCAUUUUUCCAUUUUUUUUUUCUAUUUCUGUUAUGUAGUCUUUUGAUAUGAAAUUACUAUAAAUAUUCAGGUACAUUUUUUCUGUCAUGUCUUUCUGUAGAUCACAAGUUAAUUACAUCUUUAAUUCUUCCAAUAUGUGUUGUUUCUUUUUUGGAGUUCCAUAAACUUUGGGAAUUACAAAAUUGAAAAAGAAAUAAAGAAAAUAUGAAUGUCUAUUCCUGAUAUUUCAGUAAGAAAAUUAAUCUAGAUGAAGCGACGCUAUGUUUUCUUUGUGUGUACUCUAUAAUCAUUUGUCUGUCAUAACUUUAGCUGUGCAUAAUUAUCAUAAAAUCUGGAGUCAGUAAAUAACUGCUGUGGAUUGAACUGGUAAAAAUCUUUCUUUAAUCAUCAUUAAUUUUUUUUUUUUUUUUAUAUUUAUUAUACCUUAGCUUUCUGUUGAUAUAUAACAUAUAUCACACACCUGUAGUUGGAAUGUGCUUCACACAAUUGUUUGUUAUCUAUAUGUGUUAUUGUGAUCUGCUUAUUUUACUUGUUACCGAUAUAUAACAUAUAGCACUUCUAAUUGACAAGGGUCAAUUUUCACUACACACAUAUUCUGAACAUAGAAGAUGAACUCUAAAUUAUAGAUUGUGUAUAGCGAUGGGUUGUAACUGCCUGUGUAUAUCUUGUUUAAUGCCUAAUUAUAACACUAUACAAAUUAUCUAGUCAACUGCUUCCAAAUAUCUUUUUAGUGUGUACAUUGCUUAUAUCAAAUGUAUUUUAUUUUAUUGUUGUUGAUAUCCUUAACUGUUUUGCCAGUAGAACUAAACUGCAAUAUCCUGUUGCCUCCACAACAGCAUUAUUUAGCACUCUAAUGACUCCCUUCUUUCCACUCACAUCUUUAUGUAAAUAAUUUAUAAGAUGUAUCAGUUUUGUUUUAUAUACGCUAUAAAUAGCUACGCAACUCUUGCACUCAUGUUGUUAUGUCAUGCCGGGCUACAAAUCAAACUAGUUUCUGUAUCACUUAUAAAGUCACCAUGUUUUAUAUGUAAAAAUAUUACAUUGCCUCUGUAUGAAAUGAUGGGUUGCUUUUAUUAGUUUGAAACCAAUAGUCAAGAGUUGGUAUGAAAAUAAAGGGGUUAGUUGGUAUGAAAAUAAAGGGGUUAGUUGGUAUGAAAAUAAAGGGGUUAGUUGGUAUGAAAAUAAAGGGGGUAGUUGGUAUGAAAAUAAAAGGGUUAGUUGGUAUGAAAAUAAAGGGGGUAGUUGGUAUGAAAAUAAAGGGGUUAGUUGGUAUGAAAAUAAAGGGGGUAGUUAGUAUGAAAACAAUAGUUAGUUGGUAUGAAAACAAAAGGGUUAGUUGGUAUGUAAACAAAAGGGUUAGUUGGUAUGAAAACAAUAGUUAGUUGGUAUGUAAACUAAAAGGGUUAGUUGGUAUGAAAACAAAAGGGUUAGUUGGUAUGAAAACAAUAGAGUAAGCUGAUAUAUUAUCUUAUUUUGAUAAACACAAUGUGGUACAUUAUAUGUGCAAGAAGAGUGGUAAAAUGCACGGCCAGAUAGGGGUUCGAACCCGUGACCAUCAGAACACUAGGCGGAUGCUCUACCAAUUGAGCUACCUGGUUGCUGAUGAUUGACCUGGUCCAGUUUCGCUACAUAUGUAUAUACUGUGCCAGUUAUAACACAUACGUUUUAACCUCUACAAAUUGAUGUGUUCAAACAUUUCACUUCAUAAUUUUAUAAGUCGAUUAAUUCUUUGUUCAUGAACAAAUAAAUUUGACACAGACUAGGGGGAUGAAAUCCCUUCUAACUGUGAUAUAUUAAACUGUAUUAUGAAAGAGCAGCUAUACUUUGGAACUUAUCUGACGUAACUUUUUUCCCUGGUUCCCGAGAUUGUAAAUGAAAGUCCACCUUUGUAUUGCAGCACACUUGCCAAGUCACAGGACAAUGCCAGUUAAAAUCACAUUUAAAAAAAUAGUUUUAUCAGUGUCUACUAAAACUACCACAAAAGGUUUACAAUAGUAAUAUACAAUGUACAAUGUAAAUGAUUUUUGAACAAGUUUUCAAAACUUUUUUACAGAGGCAGUCUUCAAAGUACAGUAGUCAAAUUCUUGUUUACUCAAUCACCUGGUCUGAAAACAAAAAAACAGUACAUAAAUAUGGACCCCAUACCUCAGAACAUCCAUACAACAACGUAAAGACGGACCCGUAGCACUACAUUACAACAAAGUAAAGACGGCCUAGUAGAACUGCAUUACAACAAAGUACAGACGGCCCAGUAGUACUGCAUUACAACAACAUAAAGACGGCCUAGUAGUACUGCAUUACAACAACAUAAAGACGGCCCACUAGUAUUGCAUUACAACAACAUAAAGACAGACCAGUAGUACUGCAUUACAACAACGUAAAGAUGGCCCUGUAGUACUGCAUUACAACAACAUAAAGAUGGCCCAGUAGUACUGCAUUACAACAACGCAAAGACGGCCCAGUAGUACUGCAUUACAACAACGCAAAGACGGCCCAGUAGUACUGCAUUACAACAACAUAAAGACGGCCCAGUAGUACUGCAUUACAACAACAUAAUGACCGCCCAGUAGCACUGCAUUACAACAACGUAAAGACGGCCCAGUAGCACUACAUUACAACAACGUAAAGACGGCCCAGUAGCACUACAUUACAACAACAUAAAGACGGCCCAGUAGCACUACAUUACAACAACCAAGUUCAUGGAAACUUUACAUACAAGUCUUUCCUCCAUUGAGUUCACCACAAAGGACUAGAAUACUAAGGUAUGACUACCCCUGGUAGAUACACCUGCUGAAUUUAUAAAAUUGACACCACUAGGUAGCUUUGUUCAGAGAUAAAUGUAUCCUCUGUCAUUCCCUAUAGUUUUCAUUUUCUCAGUAGUCAUACAAAGGGAAAUAUUUUUAAAAGUCUCGAAUUUUUUCAAUAUAACCAGGCAAUGAAAUGUAAAUGAGAUGAGAAAUGUGAAAAUUAGUAAUAGAUAUUUUACUUACUGAUUGUGAAUUGAGUACCAUGGGCCAGUAAGUGGUAUAAGCAGAACUUCAGUCUUCCAGUAACUAUAUUUUUAAAGUAUCUUGAAUUAUGCCCCAAACCAAUAAUGUAGACCAAUUUAGACAAAGUCGUGGUUUAAUAUCCAUCUGAUGUAGAAAGGUUUUUCGUUUUUUUUUUCUCUUUAUUGCCAGAAACACGUUUUAAUGAAGCUUUAUUGAUGUGAAUGUCAGAUAGACACGUCCUGUUACACAAAUUAUUAACCCAUGGGGCAUGGCAUAUUUGUUACUCACAAAUUUGUAAGUUGUAAAUUUGUUCAAUUGAUGUGUGGGAACAAAUUAGUGUAUUACCUUAUGAAUACAUGUACAUACGGUUGUUUUUCAUGGAGUCCUGUUUUAUUAGGUGUCACAAAUGUUAUUCUGUUAAUAAAUGACCAAUGUUUGUGAUUGUGGAAAUUAUGAUGCAACAUUUUGCCAGGUGGUAUAGCUAGCCUACAUUGUUAAAGAUAUGUAGAUGUUUGGGUACUAGAGGAUUUGUACCAGGAAACUAAAUGUUCCCUAAAUCGGUCCAAUAUUGAGUGCAAUCAAAACAGACUUUUUAUCAAAUAUACUGGUUUUGACUAAAAUAUACAUUCUGGUAUGUACAUUAUUUUCUGUGCCAGUGUUUAAUUUGUACACAAUGGUAUAACUUUCCUGGUUUGUAAUAGGAAACUAAUAAAAUGUUCACAUGGGAACAACACUAGAAGUCUAAUCAGAAAUAAAAUCAAUUCAACAUAU